AUGAAAAUUCCACAGGGCCGUCUGAGUAUGCCUGCAAAAUCAUGUCGAAACAGUCUUCCCAGGACAACCAGCAACGUCGAAAUCGCUUCGAAAUCAAAGAAAAACUCGAAAGACGCAAUUGAACUCUCGCUGCGAAAAACUGUCUCGUUCGACGAAAAUCAACCUUCAAAGCUUUUUGAAGCAGAAAUUGAUAAAACAAAUUGUUCCUUCUCUUCGUGA